AUUGCAGGCGAACACUCAGCUAAUCUGUAUUUAACAUUUCAUCGUCAACUCAUUUUAUCCGAGAGGAGACUGAGGAGAGCGAGAAAAUGGACUGUUGCAGGAAAGUGGGGACUGUCGAGUACAACGCUGCAGCUUCCAUGCAAGUAGGAAAGUGAUUGUUAGCAUGUGUCAUUGAUUUAUGGCUUGUCUAGUUGUGCAUUGUCAAAUGUUAGCAAAUUAGCAACCAGCAGUGGGUUACGUCACCCACGUGGUAUUGCUCGGCGCACACAGAACGAUGGCUGAUCAUGGGCAAAAGAAUGGAGUGUGGCAGAAGGGAGGAACACGUCUUUAUUCCAUGACUGUCUGCCAACAACUAUGGGUAGAAACAAGUCAUCACAGCAGAGUCCAUAUCUAAGUACAAGGUAUCCGCGUCAGCAGAACCGGAUCACCAGCAGCACGAGCACCGCCUCCCACCGGACGACCGUGGCAGCAUCCCCCGCAGCGUUUUUUAGGCCCUGCAGUGACGUCUUGGCUGACCCCUGUCCUCCCCUUCCAGCCCCUCUCGCCAUCACUCCCCUCCUGCUCCAGCUGCAUGGCUUUGUUUGUUGUCGGUGAGCUCCCCUUGGUUAUAAAGUCCAGCAUGAGGCAGUGGAGACAGCUUGUGUUGGUGGGAAUGCUGGCCUGGAUGCUCAUCUUUUUCGCCCUUUUCUCGUACUUCCUUGACGCACGAGUUAAGAAGUUGCCGAUCUCUGCUGGCUCCCUCAUCUCCCAGCACCCCGACACCCGUCGCAUGGCCUCUAUCCAGGCCUCCCAUCAGAACACUGUCGCAGUCUCCAGCUCGACCCCGACCAUACCGGGAGAUGUGCUGGAACCUGAGCCUCACAACAGCUCUGUGACCUCCAGCAACAAUGGCAGCCAGGAGCUCAGUAACCAAAACUACAUGGACCCCCAGACUCUGGCGGCCUGGUCUUCCUUUGGCACAGAGAAUGUAGACUCUCACUCAGACCCGGCGUUUCAAAGUCAUGAAAUGACUUCCCAAACUCCGGAAUAUCAAAACCACGUGAAUAGAGCCCAACCUCAUGGAGGAGAGGAAGAUGAGGAGGAUGAAUCUGAGCGAGAAAAUGCAGAUGAAAUCAAGACCAACAGAAUAAGGACUGAACGUGUCAGGAAAACUGCUGACGCUUUCUCCAACCUGGAGGAGAACUCCAAGUCAGUGUCACUGUUGAAGCGCCUGUGGCAAGGGCGCUUGUCCAUUGAGAUGCUGGAGCCGAGGCUGCAGCGAGCCUGGAAUGAAUACGUGAAGAGCAACAAACACCGCGUGGCCUACAAGGGGCUCCGCCGACCCUCUCAAAGUGCCAAGGAGCUGCUGUGUCAGCUGAAGGCCAAGGCCCGGCUGAGCACGGUAGACGGAUCAGAGAAGCCUUUCUUCUCACUGGGAUGGGCCCAUCUAGUGCCGGCCCUCCAGCUGGAACAGAUGCGCAUGUCCCAAGGCGGGAGUCCCAUCAAGACAUGUGCCGUGGUCGCCUCUGCUGGUGCCAUUUUACGAUCGGGACUGGGCAAAGAAAUUGAUGCUCAUGAUGCUGUGAUUAGGUUCAACGCGGCCCCCACCGAGGGCUACGAGAAAGACGUGGGCAGCAAGACCACCAUCCGCAUCAUCAACUCAGAGGUUAUGGCAAAUCCAAGGUUUCGCUUCCAGACUAGUUCUCUUUACAAAAAUGUAACCUUGCUGGCCUGGGACCCCGCGCCUUACAGUCUCAACUUGAGCAAGUGGUACACCAGUCCAGACUAUGACCUGUUUGGACCGUAUGCGGAACACCGCAAGUUGCACCCCGACCAGCCCUUCUACAUCCUCCAUCCCAGAUAUAUUUGGGGCCUCUGGGAUGUGAUUCAAGGCAACAGUCAGGCAAACAUUCAGCCCAACCCUCCCUCAUCAGGCUUCCUGGGGAUCCUCGUGAUGAUGGCGCUGUGUGAACAGGUGCACGUGUACGAGUACAUCCCUUCCAUGAGGAAGACCGACCUGUGUUAUUACUACGAGCGACUAUUCGACACGGCCUGCACUCUGGGCGCCUACCACCCCCUAUUGUUCGAGAAGAGUCUCGUCCUGCGCAUCAACACGGGUACAGCGAGUGACCUGCGUAGGAAGGGACGGGUCACACUCCCCGGCUUUCGUACCUUCGACUGCGACGUCUGAACAUAUGCGAGCUGACUCACUGAGGCCAUGUUAUGUAACUUUGAUCUUUUCUGGGCCCACUUGGGGUGAGGUGCAAUAAAGCCGCUGGAGACGAGGAGGCUGCGAUGGAAAGUCGGGAAUGGGGCUAGAUCUUACAGAUUUGGAUUAGAUUGACAAAAAAAAA